UCGGCACUCCACACCUCCCACCGUUGACCAUCGCCCGAGAAGAGGCGGCUCUGAUGGAGGAAGAAGCUCUGAGGGAGGCCAUGGAAGACGCCUUUCUGGAGGGCGCGGCCCAAUGGCGAGCGGACACCAUCCUCCAGACCCUGCAGAUGGACAAGCUGGACGCGUGGAUCCGCCAAGAGGGGCUUGGCGGUGACAUCGAGGCGCUCAAAUCUGAGAUCGAUGAAGUCAUGGCGACGGUCUCUUAUGUCAAAGGGAGGGCGGUAGGCAACAGGAGGCUGGCUAGGUCUCUCGCCGCGAUCAAGCAGAAGCUCUUCGACGCCGAUGACGCGGUCGACGAGCUCGACUACUACAGACUUCAACAGCAGGUCGAACUCGAAGGAGCAGGCCAAUACCCGCUGCUGUCUUCAUCCAACGCGCACAACCGCUUCGCCUCUGACGGUGUUAUCCAGUCUUGCACCGCAGCCACAGUGACUAACACCGUUACUUUGCAUGAGCCCGAAGGCAUGCAUGAAGCAGCACGAGUCGAUCAUGGCACAUCGAGGGGCGAUGGUGAUAUUAUACCGCCGAGAACAGGUCGUGGCAAAAAAAGAUCCCCGCAUUGGGUUGAUUUUGACGAGAUAUAUGACACUGAUGGAAAAACCGUGGGGGCGGAAUGUAGACACUGUAAAAAGAAACUUAAAUACGACGGUAAACAAGGGCCAAGAGUCUUGAUGACUCACUCCAAUAGUGCCAAGUGUAAGAAUACGCGAGAAGCACGUCCCCAGCCGCCAAGCCAUUCAAGCAUGGAUGAUGCUACUGAAAAUGCUACCCCCGUUGCUGUAAGUAAUUCACCCAGCAUACCAAGGAUGGGAACGAAUCCAGAGCCAACACAAAUCACCGCAGCUGUUGCUCACCCUUGGAAUAAAGACGAAAUUUCCAGUAAGAUACAGAAAAUAACUCAUCAGUUGCAAGGCAUCCGAGGGGAUGUGACAAAGGAUCUCAACAUGUUUGGGUCACACUCUGGUGCAAGUUCAGUUCUCCAUCAAAGUACAGCCUCAGAUCCAUGCCGAAGAACAUCAAGUCUUCUUCAAGGCAAAGUGUAUGGGAGAGACAAAGAGAAGAGCUCCAUCAUAAAGUUGAUGACAACUGGUAAAUCUGACAGUGUAACUGUUGUGCCUAUUGUAGGCAUUGGAGGUACUGGGAAGACAGCUCUCGCGCAAUUUGUAUAUAAUGAUCCGAAAGUGCAAGACCAUUUUGACCACAGCAUAUGGGUUUGGGUGUCUAACAACUUUGAUGAAAUGGUACUGACGAGAGAGAUAUUAGAUAUUGUCCCUCGAGAAAAACACGAAGGGUUAUGCAGCCUUGACAAACUUCAGCAGGUCUUGAAAACUCAUAUUGAAUCAAAGAGGGUUCUACUUAUUUUAGACGAUGUCUGGGAUGACAAGAACAUUCGCAGAUUGGACCUAAUACUUGCUCCUUUCAAGUCAGACAAUCCAAAUGGCAACGUGAUCCUUGUGACAACUAGAAAUCUCUCUGUUGCAAAAAGGAUAGGAAUGACUGAACCAGUUGUGUUAGGUGCGCUGGAAGAUGACGAAUUGUGGUUAUUGCUCAAAGCACGAGCAUUUGGUAAAGAGAACUAUGAAGAGCAUGGAAAUCUAACGAUCAUUGGACAGGAAAUAGCAGGCAAGCUAAAGGGUAACCCAUUAGCAGCAGUAACUGCAGGGGAACUAUUAAGAGUUGAUCUUACUGUUGAUCACUGGAAUAAAAUUCUCAAGGACGAAGAUUGGAAAUUGUUGGGGCUCAGUGGAGGCAUCAUGGCUUCUUUGAAGCGUAGCUAUGAUCAGUUGCCGUACCAUCUACACCAAUGCUUCUCGUAUUGUUCUAUAUUCCCCGACAGUUAUAAGUUUCUUGGUGAGGAGUUGGUCCGUAUUUGGAUUUCACAAGGAUUUGUCCAACAGAGCCAUCCAAGUAAGAAAUUAGAGGAGAUAGGAAUGGACUAUUUGGCAGAUUUGGUGAACAUGGGCUAUUUUCAGCAAGUUGGAAGAGAAAUUUCAUAUGUUUUGUGUGGUCUUAUGCAUGAUUUUGCAAGGAUGGUUUCAAAAACUGACUGUGCAAUUAUAGAUGGUCUACAGUGCAAUGAUAUAUUACUAACUGUACAACAUUUGUCAAUAGUAUGGAGCACAUAUCCGUAUUGGAACACAUCUCAGAUUAACAAGUUUAUAGAAAAUUUGAGAAAUACAAUUGCACCAGUAGUUACAAAACUGAGGUCGUUGGUGUUUAUCGGGCACUACAAGUCUUCUUUCUUCCAGUCCUUCCAAGACAUAUUCCGGAAGGCUCCUAAUUUACGUCUGCUGCAAAUAUCUGCAACCUUUGCAGAUUUUAAUUCCCUCAUGUGCAGUUCUGUUAAUCCUACUCAUCUUCGCUAUCUAAAACUGACGGCCAAUGAGGCGAGGGGGGGUUUGCCUCAGGUUUUGAGCAAUUUUUGUCACCUUCAAGUAUUAGAUGUCGGCUCAAGCACUCAUCUUGAUGUACCUGAUGGCAUGAAUAAUCUUGUCAGUUUGCGGCAUCUUGUUGCAACUUCCAUUGAUAGAAUUGGCAAAUUGACCUCACUUCAGACACUAAACAAUUUCAGCGUACAAGAUUCCAAUGGCUUUCAGAUUAUAGAACUUCAAUGCAUGAACGAUCUUGUCCAACUUGGGGUUUCUCAACUUCAAAAUGUUAAGACUCAGGAGGAGGCUUGUGGAGCAGGACUGCUUGACAAAUGGCACUUAGAAAAGCUGCACUUGUCCUGGGAGGAUAUCAACCUGAAUAUUUUAGAUGUUGAGAACGUCACGUGCUCUGAACCUUCUACCAGCAUAGAAACAGAGGAGUGCUUGCAAAAAGAGGUGCUUGAGGGUCUUCAACCACAUGAAAACCUAAAGCAUCUUCAGAUAUUUGGAUACAAUGGUGCCACCUCUCCAUCUUGGCUAUCUGGAUACAGAUGCAAUAUCUCUGUUACCUCCUUACAGACUCUGCAUUUGGAGAACUGUAGAAAAUGGCGGAUACUUCCAUCUCUGCAAUUGCUUCCCCUUCUUAGAAAAUUAAAGUUAAGCGGCAUGCCAAAAGUAGUAAAAAUAUCAGUUCCUUCGUUAGAGGAGCUGGUGUUAGUUAAGAUGAAAAAGCUGGAGACAUGCUCCUGCACUUAUAUGAGGGGGUUGAACUCCUGUUUAAGGGUUCUGAAAAUUAAGAAUUGCACUUCAUUGAAGGUGUUUGAUCUGUUUGGGGACGGCCAUAAAUUUAAAACUGAGAAGAAGUCAUGGUUGCCACGUAUUUGGGAACUUGUUAUCCACAACUGUCCUCUUUUGCUGGUACCACACCCUUUACCAUCUUCAAGUAUUGUUUCUAGAAUUUCCAUGAGGGGAGUUUCGAAUUUUCCAAGUAUAGAGGCAUCGUCCUUUGGAAGUUUAAUCAUCGGCAAGGAUCCUGGUAGAUCUGAUUAUUAUGAACAUGAAUAUGAUUCUAACAAGGAUCGUUUUGAGGUGCUUUCUGAUGAGCCGUUGGUGUUAGAUGGAAAGAUUUUGGCAUUCCAUAAUCUAAGUUUCCUGACAGAGUUGAUAAUAGGUUACUGCAGAAAUCUAAUGUUUAUUUCAUUAGAAGGAUUAAGUCAACUUGUAUCCUUAAAGACACUGAGAAUAGUGUAUUGUCCAGGGAUUUCCAGUUUCGAUGUUCCACCAGAGCAUGCCCGUGAAGAUUUGACAGCUGCAAAAUACAAUGCCAUCCCAUCUCUUAAACAUAUAAUGAUCCGGUCAUGCGGCAUAGCAUGGGAGUGGCUAUCAUUGAUUGUGCAAUAUGCGCCAGCACUAACGGAAUUGGAUGUACAGAACUGCCCAGAAUUGGAAUCUUUACAGCUGAACUCCUGCACGGCACUGCAAAAGUUGAAGGUAUGUACAUGUGAAUCGCUUGGCACACUAGAUGUCUUGCAAUCCCGUUCCCUCUGCAUUAUGGAAGUAAGGGGCGCCCCAAAUUUGAAAUCUCUACGGCUGCACUCCUGCACGGCACUGCUAAUGUUGGAUAUUCGGAGCUGCACAUCACUCUCUACACUGGAGGGCUUUCAAUCCCUUGGCAGCCUCAUGUAUUUGUAUCUACGGGAAUGCCCUUGCUUGCAUUCAUGUUUGGAGGGUUUGCCAGUGCAGGACUACGAAUUAUGCCCUCAACUGAAAUAUCUUUCUAUUAGUGACUUCUCUUUCCUUGCCACGUCUUUCUGCAAGCAACUCACAUCACUCCAGAGCUUAGAAAUUAGUGGUUUUGAAAAAGAAACACCAGCAGAAGGACUAACAGAUGAGGAAGAGACAGGGCUUCUGCUCCUCAGUUCCCUUACAGAGCUCCGAUUUAUGUGUUACAAAUAUCUCAAAAGAUCUUCCUGCAGGCCUGCACAGACUUCGCUUUCUCCAGGUGUUGGAUAUUUCAUUUUGUCCGAGCAUCUCAGGAUUGCCGGACCUCCCGCCUUUUCUAGAGGAGUUGAAAGUCUUCCGGGGCAGUGAGGAGCUGAAACGUCAAUCCAAAUCGCUAGUGUCAAGCAAGUUAAAGGUCAAAAUUGACGACCAAUAUGUGAACUGAUUACUCGGUGGCUUGUCAAGCACAACCUGCACAACAGAUGUAGUUGUACACUU